AGGUUUCCUAACUGCGCUGUGAAAGAAAGCGGCUGCGUGGGCCUGGACUUCAGGUGCGACAUAAGAGAAUGCUUGCCGUAGGUAAAAACCCAGCUGUUGCAGUUACAGCGUAGGUCAAAGUUUAGUUAAACUGUUGCUGAUCGACUUAAUAUUACACCGCAAUGACGGCACGAAAUAUAUCUCGGUUUUGGGAAUGGGGGCGAAAGAUUAUUUGUGUUGGGAGAAAUUAUGCAGACCAUGCGAAAGAGCUAAAAAAUGCGAUUCCUGCAGAGCCUGUUUUGUUCCUGAAGCCUCCUUCUGCAUAUGUAAGAGAGGGCUCCGCUAUCCUAGUCCCUCUGUACACCAGCAACCUGCACCAUGAAGUGGAGUUAGGGGUAGUGAUCGGAAAGGGGGGCACAGCCAUCCCUCAGUCCUCCGCUAUGGAGCAUGUUGCAGGCUAUGCUCUGUGCUUGGACAUGACAGCCCGGGACAUCCAGGACGAAUGCAAGUCCAAGGGUCUGCCCUGGACCCUGGCCAAAGCUUUCAACACCUCCUGCCCCAUCAGUGAGUUCAUCCCCAAAGAGCGCAUCCCUGACCCGGGCAACGUGAAGCUGUGGCUCAAGGUGAACGACCAGCUGAGGCAGAGCGGCUGCACCUCCCAUAUGAUUUUCUCCAUCCCCUAUCUCAUUAGCUACAUCAGCGACUUCAUCACCCUGGAGGAGGGGGAUCUCAUCCUGACUGGGACUCCUCAAGGAGUUUCUGCGGUGACGGAGCAUGAUGAGCUGCAGGCUGGGAUUGAAAACGUUAUCACAAUGAGCUUCAGAGUGGACAGACAAAGUGAAACAAAAGACACUUAUAAGGCAAAAUAAACAAACUCACAGGAACAGAGUGAUUUUACUGGAAACUUAUCAUUUUAAUCUUUUCAAUAUCUGUGUAGAUCAGCAGAUGGCGCUGUGGUGCCAUCUCUGCCAAAACUAUACAGUAUUUCUAAUGAAAUUAUCGCUGCCUUAUGAGAAUAUGUUGGUUACACUGAUUACUACAUCAAUCUGUUUUACUGUAUCCUUUACUCCCACCAGUGAUUUCAAUAUCAUUAAACAUGCAUUGUCACUAUGUUAUUUUAGACUUCACCUGAAGUAUUCAAACUUUUACUCAGAUAAAAGAUGCAAUCAUGUGUUGUCAUUACAAGUAAAGAACCACCAUUUAAACAGUUAGUAAAAGCAUGAAUAUAUUAUCAGCAAAAAGAUCAAAUGUGUUUUUAAUUAAGAGAGAAUGGCCCUUGUCAAUGUUAAAUACUAUAAUAUAAUAUAUACUUUUCAGAAAGAGGUACAUGAAACAAAAUACAGUAUGAUCGCAAGAUUUAUUGUUCCUUGGUGUAAAAGUCACAAGCUGCCCAUCAGUACUUUAAAUUUUAAGUAUACUUUCUGCUAAACCUUGUGUACUUUUAUUUAGGCAAGACUUUUACUUGCAACAGAGUAUUUUAUUGGUACCUUUACUUAAGUAACUAAACUGAGCACUGCCUCCACCUCUGAGGUGCCUUUCAAAUGUGGAACACAUUAUGCAGCUUGUUGUGUCAGCAGAGAUGUGUUUCCCUCAGAAAAAUCGAUGGGGUUACGCUCAGUCACCAUAUUUCUGUUGCAAAAUAUCAUGUGGAUGUAACUUCCAUACACUGAAGCGUGAGCAGUGAACUGUGUUACCUUUCAGUUUACACUGCCAUCUGGCUCCUCUUUACCAAUCUAAUAAACCAUAAAAGAAAGGACUCUAAAAGCCAUUUAAUAAAAUGUUAACUUAACCGUUGCUAUUUCUGUUCAUCUAGUGUAAUUUUGACUUUCAGUCUGUGUACCGUCAGCAUAACCACAUUCUUUCUGGCCUGUUUAACAUCUGUUCUAGAUUCAAUUACAAUUCUCCCACAAGCGUCUCUGUUUUAAGGAUCAAUCAGAGCUUCCAUCAGCCUCUGCCUUGCCAAUCUGCUGUAACCUGAGUCUGUGUACAUCAUCUUCCCACACCUGUAGCUGUAGGGCAUGUUAUCUCCAAGACUGACAGUAUGCAUACCCUGGUCCCCAGGGG